AUGCUUCUCUACGCUUUCGCACUGAUCCCUCUUUACGUGCUAGUAUGGGGACCUCUGUCUCAAAUCAUCUACGGUCGUCAAUCUGCUCUUCAUGAACCUCUCAAUUUAAACUCUUCACUCAUCGCAAGUGAUGAACCCCUAUUUUGUCCGGAAGAUAGUUAUAAAACAUUCAUUAUUAGCCGUGAACCACUUAUGAUAUACAUCGAGGGAUUUUUGAAGGCGAAUGAGAGUAAACAUUUGGUGGAUGUUAGUGAACCGCUCUAUAAACCGUCUACGGUUUCUCAUGGUCAGGAAGUUACGAUUGAUACUUCGGUGCGGGAUUCUGAAGUAGCAGUGCUAGAGAGAGAUGAGGUGGUUAGAUGUAUUGAGCAUAGAGCGAGGGCGUUUCAGGGAUGGAGAGGUGAGAUGGGCAUUGAGAAGUUGAGGACGCAGAGGUAUGGGGUUGGGGGUCAUUAUGGGAUGCAUUUCGAUUGGAGCGGAGGUAAACGCGGCAUAGACCGGAUAAGUACUUUUAUGGUCUACGUCGAUGUAUCCUCUGAUAUCGAAGGUGGAGGAACAGAAUUCCCACGUAUCGUGGGACUCAAAGGAGGAAGGUGGGAGGAAUUCCUCGAUGCUACCGAAGCGUUAGAUCCAAGAAGUGGUAAAAAUGUAACAGUAGAAGGAGUGAUAUUCAAACCCAUCAAGGGAAAUGCCGUAUUCUGGGAAAAUACUGAUAGGAACGGAAGGGGAUAUGAGGAAACAUGGCAUGCUGGUCUACCAGUAGAAAAGGGCUCGAAAGUAGGGUUGAAUAUUUGGAGUUAUGGGAGAACCAUUAGAUGAAGAUGAGGAGAGAAGAGUGAAUCAGAAAUAACGUGCGUGUUUGGUUGUCACUGGUGUAUAAAGCACAACCGAAAUGGAGUGAAUAAAUCGGUACAUGUGGAUUUAGUAUAAUCCAUUUUGACUCAACCUUGAAAGUUCACCACUGUUAUAGGAAAUCAGAUACGAUAGAUAAACAAAUUUUCUAGAUGAAGUGAUCAUCUUGAGGUUCUCAGAAUUCUACGGCGAAAAUCUUC